GUCUCGGGGCACCGCACUCAGACUGCUGGCGGCGAGGACCCAAGGGCCCUGCGGGGUCAGCGGCGAUGUGCGAGCAGGGUCCUCGGAGCCCCAGGGCCCACCUUUGACAGGCGCUGGAGGAGAACCUGUGCUGGGGGUCCCUGUGCUGGGGGCAUCUCUGUGCUGGAGGUCUCUGUGCUGGGGGGAUCCCUGUACUGGGGGGGUCCCUGUGCCUGGCUGGGGGGCUCUGUGCUGCGGGCCCUGUGCUGGGGGCAUCCCUGUGCUGGGGGGCCCUGUGCUGGGGGGCCCUGUGCUGGGGGAUCCCUGUGCUGGAGGUCUCUGUGCUGGGGGGAUCCCUGUACUGGGGGGUCCCUGUGCUGGGGGCAUCCCUGUGCUGCGGGCCCUGUGCUGGGGGCAUCCCUGUGCGGGGGCAUCCCUGUGCUGGGGGCCCUGUGCUGGGGGGAUCCCUGUGCUGGGGGGCCCUGUGCUGGGGGGGCUCUGUGCUGGAGAGAUCCCUGUGCUGGGGGGCCCUGUGCUGGGGGGGGGCCCUGUGCUGGGGAGAUCCCUGUGCUGGGGGGCUAUUCUGUGCUGUGGGUCUCUGUACUGGGGGCUCUGUGCUACGGGGGGUAUCUGCGCUGGGGGCUCUAUGUGAGAGUGUGGCAGGCCAGGUCUCACUAA